UUGAACGCAACCCAGCUGCCACUUGACCCUUACGUAAUUUCCGCUUCACAACCUUCUCCGAGAGUUUUGUCCAAGAUGGCGUCAACGCAGUUAACGGAUGAGGAGCUUUUCUCCGAAUUAAAGCGCUUUGGUUUCACUCCAGGCCCGGUAACCGAGAACACUCGUCCGGUAUAUUUGAAGAAAUUGAAGAAACUUCGUGAAGAUCAACAGCAGCGGGGCUCCAGAGCGGGUAAAACCCGUAGCAGCGGGGCCAUCAACAGCAGCACUGGCGGCGGCAACACGGCGGGAUCCAGGCCAGCCAGCCAUGACGUCACGCACCUGAGCUCUAGCAGGAGACCGGGCCGGAAGUCCUCCGUCCUCGGCUUCAGCUCCGACGAGUCUGACGCCGAAACUCCAUUGAAAAGAAAGGGCCUCAAUCACAGUGGCAGGACGGAACGAAGCUCUAGUUUCCAACAACAAUCUAAGAUAAGACCAAUUACAACAACGAGGGUGGCUAUCAAGAGUCAGUAUUGCGCUACGAGUGCGCUGAACAGCAACAAUUCUUCCCCUGAUCCGGACGGACAGAGAAGUGUCUCGCUGGGUUGGGGAGUUCGUGCCAGAUCCAGCCCCGAGGCGGAAGGGAGGGAUUACGACGAAUCGGGGGACGAGGACGACUUUGAGGGGGAAACAGAGAAGAGGUCUCGCUCUUUAAAUGGUUGCGGGGCGUCUCACUUCAACGCUAGCAAGCUAGCCGGGGAUUACUCAGACUCUGAAGAGGAGGAGGUUGGGGGCCUUGGUCCCGGAGACCUACAACGGGAUAGAUUUGAGCCGAGACGGAGCCACCUGAAAACGGCGGCGUUCCCUUCCUACGGAGUCGGCCGAGGGUCUUUGACGGGAGGGGCAGCCAGAGACGUAAACCAGCCUGAGAGUAUAAACAUGGUGGGAAGUCGGAGGGAGGAGGGGGAGGGAGACGAGAUAAAGAGAAGGGAAUCGGACUCAUCGGGAGGCUUGCGGAGCCACAACUUUCCUAAGAAGUCCAUCUACGUGUCCCUCGCCGAGAACCAUGGAGGAGAGGCCGGCAAAAACAACCACGUCGACGGGGAUCACGGAGCCCCCAGAAGCAGCAGCACUAGCAGGUUCAGCAUUGGGUUGAGACCGCGCUUCUCCAACUACAGCAGCUUGUCCCAGACCUACAGGGGCAACCACUCCAAUCACACCGCCCCCAACCACUCAUACAGCCAGGCAGUGCUGAAGCAGAAGCUGUCUGUCCCGGAGGAUGAGCUACUCCAGCAGUUCAAAAGGGAAGAGGUGGCCUCCUCUGGUAGCUUCAGCGCUCACUACCUGUCCAUGUUCCUGCUCACGGCAGCAUGCCUCUUCUUUCUGCUGCUGGGCCUCAUGUACCUUAGGAUGAGGGGCUCUGGAUCCUCGGAGGCUGAUGGAGUCAUUAAGAUCCACCCUUUUGGCAGCGAGUUUGACUCUUCUUAUGACCAGAUGGAGAAGGACCUGAUUCUAAAGCUGCUGCUCAAUCUACACCACCACCUGGCCUACAUAGCUGGCCAGCAUGACUGUGGAGACCAGCAGCAUCCAAACAGGAGUCUGUCCAUGGACGAAGCCUCUGCGUACUUAUUGGCUCAGAAUCCGGAGUUUAAAAACUUCAUUCUUACUUCCCUGGAGUGGAUCAUCCGGACAGGACAGGAUGUUGGGAUACGGCUGACCGGGCAGAUAGCUGAUGAUCCGGUGACUGAUGUGUCCGAGAUAUCUCAUCUUGAAUCCACACAUCCAAAGAUGCCCUUCACAUGCCGCUUCCGCCGAGCCUUCCUCACCGUCAUCAGCAGAGUCUUCCUCAUCGCAGUUGUGGUCGGCUGUGUGUGGAGUGGGGUCUGCUACAUGAAGUAUCGCUGGAGGAGAGAGGAAGAGGAGAUCAGGCAGAUGUAUGACCUGGUGGAGAGGAUUAUUGAUGUGUUGAGGAGCCACAGUGAGGCUUGCCAAGACAACCAGGAUCUGCAGCCCUACUUGCCCAUUCCCCACGUCAGAGACUCCCUGGUCCAGCCUCAGGACCGGAAGAAAAUGAAGAAGAUUUGGGAGCGGGCUGAGAGCUUCCUCUCAGCCAACGAGUCUAGGAUUCGAACAGAGACUCAGAGGAUUGGAGGAGCGGACUUCCUGGUCUGGAGGUGGAUCCAGCCUUCUCUCAGUUGUGACAAGACCUUGAUGCCCUCCAAAGUCUGGCAGGGAAAAGCUUUCCCUUUAGACCGGAGGAAUUCACCCCCCAACAGCCUGACUCCAUGUCUGAAGAUCAGAAACAUGUUUGACCCAGUCAUGGAGGUUGGGGAGAACUGGGAUCUAGCCAUUCAUGAAGCCAUCCUGGAGAAGUGCAAUGACAAUGAUGGCAUUGUCCACAUCGCCGUUGACAAGAACUCACGAGAGGGCUGUGUCUAUGUGAAGUGUCUCUCUGCAGAGCACUCAGGGAAAGCCUUCAAGGCACUUCAUGGCUCCUGGUUUGAUGGUAAGCUGGUGACAGUGAAGUAUCUGCGUUUGGACCGAUACCACCAGCGCUUCCCACAGGCCCAGGGCUGCAGCACACCCCUCAAAGCCUCCAGCCUCCGCCUAAGCACCAUGAACACUACGCCCCGCAUGCAAGUGCGGGGCUCAGCCAACUGUUCAGGCUUCUCAUGAGAUCAGCAUUAGCAUUAGAUUUAGCAUUCUCCUCUGUUCCCUCCCAGAAUGACAGCGCCAGUCUGCUGCUGCUCCUUCACUGCUUUAUAACAGGGAAGACUUGAGUCUGUCACGGGAGAGCUUUUUUCUUUCUUUUUCUUUUUUAACACAGGAUCUUUGCAAGAGAAGCUGUUCAGUGGUGCAGUUUGUUUUCUAUAAUCUUUGUAUUAGAAAUGUCAUUGAUUUAACAUGGAAGCAAAUUCUUCUGGAUUAUUUAAGGUGUGUGCAGAGACUCUAACCUCCUUCCUUUCUCUUCCAACUGAUGCUAUGAUGGAGUUAAUUUGGGCACUGUAUGGAAAUGGCUGCAUGUAUCAGAGUAUGCUUCUAUGUAAGCUUUCAAUACAACACAGUGUGGGUGUUAAUUUCCUGAAGAUUUUCAGUGUUGUUGUUGCUCUUCUUCUACUUAUAAUUGUUGUUGUUGUUAUUAUUAUUAUUAUUAUUAUUAUUAUUAUUAUUAUUAUUAUUUAGUCAAGAGAGGGAGGCAUGAACAGACGUGUAGAGGGUAUGCUGUAAAUACAUGUGAAUGGUGGCACAAGCUUUUUUACAUUCUUUGUAUUAAAAGCAAACCAUAAGCUCACAUUUUUCUUGCUGCUCACUUACCACAGCAGAGUACAUCUGUAACCGGAGGCAACCACUCCCUGAGACGCUGCAACAGCAGCAAUGCACACAGAACAGUUCAGCUGAUGAAACAAGGCGACAGGAUGUGUGUUGUUUGCGCCGUGUAUUCCAUGUAUGGCCUUUUCUUUCCCUUUGUCCUGGAUUUUGUUAUAGCAUCCAUCAGUGCUCUCAACUUUUGAGUGAUAUAACAGAAUCCAGGAGUGUACCUUUACAGUCAACUGAAGCUUCUCCAGAUAUAACCCAGUAUAUUCCCAAAUUAUUAUUAUUAUUACUUAUUAUUUGUAUUAUUUACCCCUUUAAAGUUGGGUAAUUUUCGCUGUUGCGGUGUCCCCCUCAAAUGAAUUGUAUUUCAAAACCUGUUCUGAACAAGUGGUGAGUGUUGUCAUCUCUCUGUGUACAUGACCAACAAACCAGAGGCACACAGACUUCAGGAUGUUUUAGGACCUGUUUACAUUCUGUGCUCAUCUCUCUUUGGUGACACAAAUGUUUCAUGAUGGAACCUGACUCUCUCACUACUGGUCUUUGAUCAUAUCAGCUUCUUGUAAUGAUGCUAGCACUCUGUCUGUUUGGUUUACUGUGGGGAAAUUAACAGUUUGUAAUACUUAGUUCCAAAUCCCCUGUAUUAAAUUUAGGGAUUCCUGAUUGCUUGUGUUUUUACAGCACCUGUGUAUUUAGAAAAUGCUAGAAAUACAGGAGUUGCCAGACAUUAUAUUUUAUUUUUUUAUGCAGUGAUUUGAAAGUUGGAUUCAGUAUUUGCAGUGUGAAAUUCUACAAAUGAUGCACAUUUCAAAUGUUCAAAAACCUGCUGCAAUGUGCAGCAGUAAACCCAACUGUGCCUUAAAUUUGUGCUUUUUAAGACUGGCACUGCAUUGCUGGAGAAUGUCCUGGAUUUGAAACAGUUUAAAGGGUGAGGAAGGCCUGCCACAGAUGUAGUUUUGGUAGGGUUUGACAUCUUCAAAUUUGGUGUUUUGUAGUGUUUUUUUUUUUAUAUAUUAAACCAAAUGCGUCUCUCUAUUUAUUAUUGUUUUUUAAAAUCAGCCAUGGUGUACUAUUUUAAUGUCACUAGACCUGUUACAUUUGUGUCAUAACCUUUUUUCAUCAAUACACUGACCUUACAUCUGCUUCCAAACAAUUGUCAGGAUGUGUAAAACAACAAAAUAAAGUCAUACUUUCAGAAAUAAGCCAGUUGAUAGUGCAUCACUGCAAUCUAUUUUUGUAUGUCUCCAGCAGUAUGGUGCACUAGCGACGUCUUAGCCGACACUGACUGUAAUAAGCCUGCAUGUAAAUGUUGGUUUGAUGUGACAGCAGUUCUCCAGGCUUGUGCGCCACCUGUAAGUGCAUCCUCAUGGAUGCAUUCUUUUCCUCUGAUGUAUUUUAUGUAAACACUGUACAUUGAUAUAACUGUAAUAUGUACUAUUAUAUGCAGCUUUAUUUCCAUUGCGUUGUAUGUUUGGAGUUAUCAGUAUCCCUAACCUGCUAGCCAGAGGGGGGUGGUGUACAGUACUACAGACAUUUAAAAAGAUACAGAUGUUUUAAUGUAAUUUGUCAAUUGUACAAACAUCUAAGAUUAAAGGUUUAUUAGGAAUUUUUAAA